GGUAAAACUGUUUGUGUUAUACGAUGGCAUUUUGUAUAUUAUUAAUAUUAGCUAUUAGUAUCGUUCCAUCCUUAGCUGGGCUUGCAGGAGGAUAUUAUGGAGGCCCAACAGGAGUAAGCUAUUCAGCUCCAGCUGUUUCCUAUGGUGGUCAUCCUGGCCUGGGACAUGGUGGACCCAUUCCGGUUGCCGUUGGAAAUGGUCAUGAUAUUGACUAUUACGCUCACCCUAAAUACUCCUACAACUACGGCGUAGCAGAUGGACUUACAGGCGAUCAAAAAUCCCAAUCAGAAGUUAGAGACGGUGGAGCAGUCAAAGGUUCCUACUCAGUUGUAGAACCAGAUGGUUCAGUUCGCGUUGUGGAUUAUACAGCUGAUGACGUAAAUGGUUUUAACGCUGUAGUGAAAAAAAUUGGACCAUCUCUACAUACAGCACCUGCACCAGCACCUAUACCACUGCCAGUAGCUCAUGCUCCUGUGGCUCCAGCUGCUGUAGCCAUUGGUCAUGCAGGCGGUUACGCUGGACAUGAAGGAUUAUAUGGCGGACAUGGCGGUGUUUAUGGAGGGCAUGGAGAUUAUGGAGGUUACGGAGGACAUGGGCAUUAUUAAAAAAAUUGUUUUUAUUUUAUUUGUUAAAAAAAAAUAAAUGAAUAAAAGUGUGUGUUUAAUAUUAUUUUAAUAAAUCCAAUAAAAAUUUUGUUUCGUUUAUGUUGGUAAAAUAAAAGCAUUGAACUAUUUUUAUAAAAAUAUACAAGGUGGACAAUUAUUAAGUAUAUUUUUUUAAAUUUUAAAAGCAUCCUUUUUGACUCACUUGAGACAAGGGGGCAAAUUAAGGUAAAUACUACUAAAAAUCAAUUAUAUAAACUAUGUAACUCAUAAGCUUUAUUAUAUAAAUAUUUUUAAGAAGAUAAUUCCUAUACCUAUAUAAAAAAAUUUACUGAAUUAUCACCAACUUAUUGCAUG